AUGGUCGCCAUAGACCACGGUCACAAAGCGAGAUUUCGCGAGGGAUUUUCGCCAGUGGAGGACAAGAACUCUGCCACGUCGAUCGGACCUGUGGUAUUGUCAAAGGGCGAAUCGUCUUUCAAGCCGACUGAACGCUGGUACAAGCGUCGAAAGUGGCGCAUCUUCUUGAUCGUGAGCAUCGGUCUCAUCAUAAGCUUCGCUGUGGGAGGUCAACAGCUGGCAUCAUGGCUCAAGGAGCAGCGGUCAAAGCUGCAGGACAAAGAUAUUGUAGAUACCGACGGUAGAACCGCCUGA